CCUUUUUCGCGCGUGGCAGAUAAAUGAGACCAACAAUUUGGACCUAGCCACCCGGCAGCGGUAGGUCGGAAUGGAUAUGUUGUCACAAUUGAUGAGGUGGACGGAUUUGCAGGUAUGAUCGAGACCGAGAGACAUUGAAUUGCGAUGAAUCUGAGUACCUAAUAUAUCGGAUAUGUAGUUGCCAAUCGAUUUAAAAAGGAUAUUCCGAACCAUGCCUGUCAAUGAUGCAGAAACGGUGACAUACUGGCGAGAAGCUUUAGCCAGCUCAGAAUAUGUACCGUAUCCGACUCUACCGCCGUUUGUCAAUCAGCCAGUGGCAGAUAAGCUGGUAGAGUACCAGUUCCCACGACCCAAGGAGCCCUCAAAUAAUAUUACUGUACCGAUUCUAGCCCGUGCUGCAUGGGCCAUAAUCGCCAGUCGGCUGACCGACUCGGACGAUGUUGUGUUUUGUGCGACAGCAUCCGCAACAAACGCGCCGGUUCUGGUGCGCGUGAAGUUGACCGACAAUCAGAAGGUUUUGAAAUACCUGAGAUUAGUACAGCAGCAGGAACCCUAUAUGGUCACACUUGAGCAGGCAGGUCUACAUGGAAUCACCCAAGAAUCUUCCGAUUUUCAGAAAGCGUCCAUGCCACAAACACUGCUUAUCGUCCAACCGCAAAAGGACGGCAGAGAGAUUGGCAACAAAUUGCAUCAGUCCGACGCGUACGGUCUGACAAUUCAUCUAGAGCUUUCUAGUGCUCAGAUUAAUGCUACCGCCGCCUUUGAUCAGAGGGUGAUUGAGCCAUGGCUUGCGAUUAAGCUACUUCAACGCCUUGAAUUCGUGAUGCAACAGCUCAGUGAUGCCAGUCCUGAGCUGGAACUGAAGGAUGUCGGGAUCGUGCCUCCACUAGACGUGCGACAGAUAUGGGAAUGGAACAGUGAGGUUCCGCCAGUGGUUGAGCGAUGUAUCCACGACAUUAUCCUGGAACACGCUUCAGCGCAACCCGAUGCGCCAGCAGUCUGCGCAUGGGACGGUGAGCUGACAUAUCGCGAGCUAGACAACCUCUCAAACCAGCUUGCCUGCCGUCUUGUUGAACUCGGUGUUGGCCCCGAGAAGGUCGUGCCGUUGUGCUCGGAGAAGUCGAUGUGGACCGUCGUGGCGUGGGUUGCCGUUCUCAAAGCCGGUGGUGCUUUCGUCCUCCUAGACCCUACGCUGCCUGAGGGUCGAAUCCGAAGCAUUUGCCAGCAGGUGCAUGCGGCAGUUGGUAUAACGUCCGCCUCCUGCGAAUCCAGGCUGUCUCCAUUCACGCAACACAUUGUCGUGCUGGCAAGGCAGGCGCUUGGGUCGCAAAAUCACCAAACGUUGUCACAGAUGCCAAAAGCGACCCCGAGAAACGCUGCGUAUAUCAUCUUCACGUCUGGAAGUACAGGAGAGCCGAAAGGUUGUGUCAUUGAGCAUCAAUCUUACUGCUCGGCAGCGUUCGGCCAUGGAGCAGUACUGGGCAUGAACAAAGACAUGCGCGCUUUACAGUUUGGCUCCUACAAUUUUGCUGGGGCGAUCAUGGAAAUGCUGAUGACCCUAAUCUACGGCGGCUGUAUCUGUAUACCAUCUGAAGAGGAGAGGGCCAGCAACUUGGCGCAGGUAAUUGGGAAGCUGAACGCCAAUUGGGCCUUUCUGACUUCCACUGUACUCUCGCUCCUUCACCCAGAGAAUGCCCCAUCCCUGAAGACGAUCUGCGUUGGUGGCGAGCCCAUCCGAAGUUCCCAGAUCAGGGAAUGGGCGCCAAAGGUUCACCUGCGACAGACGUACGGCAGUGCAGAGACCGCUGCUGUUGUCGCAUCAGCACGGUUAUAUGCAUCGUCAGCGGUUACCAGCGUUGGAAAAGCGACUACCGCCAGAUGUUGGCUUGUUGACCCUGCCAAUGUCAACCGCCUCGUGCCUGUGGGAUCUCCUGGUGAGGUUUUGUUCGAAGGGCCGGUAAUUGGACGCGAGUACAUAGGGCAACCGGAGAAGUCUUCUGCGACCUUCAUCGAUGCACCAUCCUGGAGAUCUGAGCUGGGACGCUGCUCAAAAUCGUCUCGCUUCUAUCGGACAGGUGAUCUUGCAGCAUACAGAAGCGAUGGAUCCAUUGAACUCCUGGGGAGGAAGGAUACCCAGGUCAAACUACGGGGCCAGCGCAUCGAGCUUGGGGAGAUUGAACACCAAGCACGAUUAUCAUCACCAGAUGUGAGGGACGUCGCUGUAGAGCUGACUGCCCUCAAUAAUGGCAUGGACAAAGGUCCACAAUUAAUAGGAUUCCUGGUAAUACGAGAGGCUCACGCAAAAGUAAACGGCAGCGGUUUGCACAAUGAUGAACAUACUCGCACUGUCAUCCAAAGUGUCCGGGCCCGACUGGAGAGCGUGCUACCGCAUUAUAUGGUCCCAUCAGUGUUCGUUCCAAUCCCAGCGCUUCCGUUGACAGCAUCCGGAAAGACGCACCGAAAGAAACUGCGGGAAAUGGGGUCUGCAAUGUCAAAGGAAGAGCUGGAGGUGUUACGAACGAAGGCAGAAAUGCGGCAGCCAACAACACUGGUUGAGAAGCGUUUGCAGGAGAUUUGGUCCCAAGUGCUCAAGGUAGAUGCGGCUACCAUUGGACUUGAUCACAGUUUCUUCAGUCUCGGUGGCGACUCAAUCACAGCAAUGAAGGUUGUGGGUGAGGCUCGCAAGGUCGGCAUUAAUCUGAUGGUGGCAGACAUCUUCCGGCAAGAUACUGUUGCAGGAUUGGCUCAUCAGCAGUCGCUGAACAGCGCACAAGUCAGUCAACAAUUCGAUGGUGUUGUUCUCGUUGAACCUGCCGUCAAAAAGAUUCUUCUCGAGGAGAUUGACUCUCUUGGAACUGGUCACCGUUCUACAGAUAUCGCAGAUAUCUACCCUCUGACGAGCGUUCAAGAAACGCUUGUGGCUGCCAGUUUGGCGUGUGGAAAGUUGGCCGACUAUUUCUACCUUGAUCUGGAUGACAAAAUCAGUAUUCCAGCCCUCGAAAGUGGCUGUAGCAGAGCUCUGGAGAAGUUUCCAAUCCUCCGCGCAUGCUUUUUCCAGCUUCAAGGAAAACUCUGGCAAGCUAUUCUCAAUCAACUCAGUCCGACUCUUCGCGUGGAAGAUGUCAGCGGUGAUAUGGAUGAAUCCUUCAGGGACAUUUGCCUCAGAGACGGAAAAACUCUUUCGCCAACUCAGCCUUUGGUCGCAUUUAUCCUACUUAAGCACAACGUGAAAGGCAUGAGACUGGUUCUUCGAAUGUCGCAUGCUCAGUACGAUGCUUUUAGCGCGCCAGUCGUUUUUCAAUCGCUCUUUGACGACGACAAAGUUUCUACUGCGCCAAGCUUCUUCAACUUCAUGUCUUACACUUCUGGCCGACGUCCACAGUCAAUUGCAUACUGGAGCAAGUUGUUAGAAGGAUCGCGUCUCACUGUCGUUGGGCCCAGACUUCCUCCUGGCAAUGCCAAAGAUCCUGUGCCGGAGGCGAUUAUAGCUAAAGCGGAAACUCAUUUUCUGCAGCGUCCCGACAAGAUUACUGCGGCAACUCUAGUCAGGACUGCGUGGGCUGUACUGCUGGCACAUAUCAGUGGUGACACUGACAUUGUCUACUGUCAGGUAGUCAGCGGUCGCAACUCUGCAAUGCCAGGAGUGGAAAAGAUAGUGGGAUGCUGCCUCAAUAUUGUACCUACACGAGUUGUUCUCUCCUCUUCCCCGACGGUAGCUGAGCUGGUUCAUGCCGUCCAAGAGCAGUUACUCGAGAUGGGAGAAGCAGACACGCUCGGUUUCAGGGACAUCGUCGAAAAUUGUACCGACUGGCCAGCGACCACGAACUUCGAGUCAAUGAUCCAUCACCGAGAUAUCGACGAACACCCUGAGAUACAGACAUCAGCGGGCGUAUCACGGAUGCAGGCCUUUGAUAACCCUGUCACAUCCCCAUGUAUUUUCGUGGUAUCGUACGGACGAGGCGACAAAAUUAGUAUCGAAAUUUGCGCAAAUACUCACAUCAUGACCAUGGAGACAGCUGAUGCGCUAGCUUGUGGUCUUGUUCAAAUUAUUGAGAAGGUAGUUAGUUCCAUGCACAUGCCUGUGCAGUCAUUGAUGGACGGUGUUGGGUUUGUUAUAUAAUUGCAGAGCUUCGAUGUAUGUAUAUUAGCACCUGUCAGGGGCAGCCAACGAAUGGCCGAGCUUCAAUCCAUAAACGGAGUUAAUAAUUGUGAAACUCUCAAACCAGAA